UUCAGUCGGUACUAGGAUCUGAUCGAAAGACCACACGAGUAGCGCAACGAUGUUAAGUAGUGUCAUUUUGUUUGUUUGUUGUAUGUUAAUGGGUGAUCUCGUGACGGCGUCGAAACCAAUGUCGAUUUUAGUGAUAGAGACUAUUCCGUCGACUAGUCACCACGUCUGGACGGAGCAUUUGGUUAAAGGAUUGCUUCGUAAAGGCCAUCAUGUACAUAUAGUGAGCAUACAUGAGACUAAGAUUAAAGGAAUACUCGGGCAGAAUUUGACAUAUGCCGUUUUCGAUGGUGUAAUGCAAACUUAUGAACAAUCCGAGGAUUAUAAUCCAGCUGAAUGGGAACAGUACAGUGUACUUUAUAUGGUGAAUUUUAUGUAUCAGUGGGGCAUGAGCGGAUGUCAGACAGUGAUAAGAACUAAAGCUGCAAGAGAACUCUUGGAAAUGGUAAAAACUGUCGAGUUUGACGUUAUAGUGCAGGACAUUACUAUAACUCAAUGUUUCUACGGAUUGUGGGAGGUUGCUAAAGGUAAGCCACCCGUAGUAGGCUAUGUUCCAUUUGGUGCUGCACCUUGGCUCAAAGAUUAUGUCGGUGGUCCAAGUUACCCGACUGUUCGGCCCUACCCUGCGUCCAUUGUGAAACCCGAUGGUUUAUGGCUGAGAGCAUGGAAUGCUUUAUAUUACAUUGUGGAUGACCUCAUACGAGAUUAUUAUUAUUCACCUAUUGUUCAACAACUUACUGAGGAAUAUUUAGGUCAUGCAAUCAGACCAUUACAUGAAAUAGAAAAAGACAGAAUUAAUAUAGUACUAAUCAAUACUCAUCCUGCGCUCGAGCCUGCGAUCCCAUUGCCGCCGAACACUCUCGAGAUUGCAGGACUGAAUGCCCAGGCCAUAGAACCAAUUGCCGGCGAGGUAGUCGCGACGUAUCCUGAGGAUGUGCGCGUAUUUCUUGACGGAGCAAAAAAUGGAGCUGUCGUAAUAUCGUUAGGAACAAAUGUUAAAUGGAAAACGAUCGGCCUAGACAAGGUUGAAACCGUUAUACUGGCUCUGUCGAAAUUGAAGCAACGAGUCCUAUGGAAACUAGAUAUCGAAGUGCCAUUUAAAAUACCGGACAACGUAAUGAUUGUGAAAUGGAUGCCGCAAAGCCUAGUUUUAUCUCAUAAAAAUGUAAGAGCAGUCUGGACGCAUGGUGGUCUUCUCAGUACUCAGGAAAACAUUUGGAAA